UCUAACACCUCUGAGGUGGUCUACACAAAAGUGGCCAAUUUAUCUGGUUGUGAGACUACCGACUCAGAAACCCUGGUGCACUGUUUGAGAAACAAGAGUGAAGAGGAGAUUCUGGCUAUUAACAAGGUCUUCCAGUCCAUCUCUGCUGUGGUGGAUGGAGAGUUCUUCCCCAGGCAUCCCCAAGAGUUGUUGGCUUCUGUGGAUUUUCGCCCUGUCCCCAGCAUCAUUGGGGUCAACAAUGAUGAGUAUGGCUGGCUUCUCCCUAUGAUCAUGGGCGCUGAUCAAAUAAUAAAGGACAUAACCAGAGAGACCCUGCCGGCUAUUCUGAAGAACACAGCAACAAAGAUGAUGUUACCUCCUGAGUGUGGUGACCUGCUAAUGGAAGAGUAUAUGAACAACACUGAAGAUGCCCAGACCCUCCAAAUACAGUACAAGGAAAUGAUAGCAGACUUCUUGUUCGUUAUGCCUUCACUACAAGUAGCAAAGUUUCAAUGCUCUCGUGCCACUGUCUACUUUUAUGAAUUCCGACAUGUGCCCAGCUAUGAAAAAGAUACGAGGCCAGCGUAUGUGAAAGCUGACCAUGGUGAUGAGAUUCCCUUUGUUUUUGGGUCUUCCCACUGGGGCAUAAAACCUGACUUCACUGAGGAGGAGAAGCUGCUGAGCAGGAGAAUGAUGAAGUACUGGACCAACUUUGCACGAUAUGGGAACCCCAACAGUAAGGAUCUACCCAACUGGCCCAUGAUGAAUGAUAAUGAGAAGUACCUGCAGCUGGACAUCCAGCCUGCUGUGGACCAAGCCCUGAAGGCCAGAAGGCUGCAGUUCUGGACUCAGACUCUACCCCAGAAGAUCCAGGAGCUAAAGGGGUCUCCAGAUAAUUACAAAGAGUAGUACCCUGUGAGAGGAAUGGUGUGAAGGGCUGAAUAUACAUGGGGUCAGCCGAACAUUCUUAGAGAAUCCGGUUAGAGUCUAACAGUCAUAUCACCAUCCCUUACCGCUACA